AUGCUGUCCUUGUUACUCCUGCUGCUGGCAGCCUGCUUCCCAGCUGGUGACAGCGAGGAUGCUGCUGCGUUGCAGAAUUCUUUCCAGAUCAUCCAGAUCUCGACCUUUGCCAACAGCACCUUCGUCCAAAAUCUGGGCUCAGGCUGGGUGGGCGAGCUGCAGAUUCAUAGCUGGGAUGAUGACAACGGCACUGCCAUCUUUCUGAAGCCCUGGUCAAAGGGCAACUUCAAUGACGAGGAGCUGACUGAGAUUGAGGAGAUAUUCCGAGCGUACUUCAAUGGACUCUCUCGGGAAGUGCAGGGUCGCGUCAGUAAAUUCCACUUUGAAUACCCCUUUGAGAUCCAGAGCUCAGUAGGCUGUGGCCUGCGUCCUGGGGGGUCCAUAGUAAGCUUCCUGAAGGGAGCCAUAGGUGGAAAGGAUUUCCUGAGCUACCAGAAUGACACCUGUGUGCCCGCCCCUGAGGGCGGCAGCAGCGCCAAGCAGGUGUGUGCUCUCAUCAUACAGCACCAAGGCAUCUGCGACAACAUUAGGAAGCUCCUUUUGCAAACCUGUCCCAAGUUUCUCUUGGGUGUCCUUGAUGCAGGCAAAGCGGAACUUCAGAGGCAAGAGAAGCCCGAGGCCCGGCUGACCAAAGGCCCUAGUCCCGGGCCGGGCCGCCUGCGCCUGGUGUGUCAUGUCUUUGGCUUCCACCCGAAAGCCGUGUGGGUGAUGUGGACGCGGGGUCAGCAGGAGCAGCGGGACACUCGGCGAGGUGACCUCAUGCCUAACGCCGACGGAACGUGGCAUCUCCGCGCGACGCUGGAUGUGGACUCUGCGGAGGCGGCCGGCCUGGCUUGCAGAGUGAGGCACAGCAGCCUGGGUGGCCGGGACAUCGUCCUCCCCUGGGAACAUUCUGCCUCCAUUGGCUUGAUAGUUUUGGGGAUCCUCGUGCCCUUCUUGAUCCUUUCCACAUGUCUAGCAUUAUGGUUUGUGAGGCGCUGGUGA